GACAAGGACCCCAAGCUUGUCUUCUACUACCAAAGGUUGCGGAGGAGCUUCUACAAAAAACAGGUUGUUGUCGUUCUGCUCAUUAUUGCUGUGGCAACUGCUUGAAACAGGCCAAGAUACGGAGUCAUCUAUUGCUGAAUAUUCAUGAGUGUUAUGCUGAUAUUCAAUUGAAUAAAGCUCAGGAUGCAAAGAGUGUGAUUAUUUGAGUAGAAAGAUUGUGUUUGUUGUGAUUUAAGUUACUCAGCAUGUUGUUACAAAGAGCAAAGCCAGCUGUUGGCCAAGGCUCAGCAGCCCCUGCCAAAGAGGGGAAAAAGAAGAAGAAACUUCCAAAAUUAAAUGACUUUCUUGAGAACAGAGAUUUCACUGGAGCUGCCACACUGCUAGAGUUUAACAGGAAUGCUGGAAAAAUAUCUGACUCUACUGAUGAAUGGAUUGCAUACUGCUCUUUUCACUUAGGAGACUAUAAAAAGGCUUUGGAGGAAUACAAGAACAUUGUUAAAACAAACAGUUCUCCUGAUAUAAUGUGCAAUAUUGCUUGCUGCUGUUUUAUGCUUGGCUUAUAUGAGGAGGCACUGGAGUAUGCUGAGAAAGGAGGCAAAAGUAAACUUCAAAACAGAUUAUUAUUUCACCUUUCACAUAAGUUUAGUGAUGAGAAGAAACUGAUGUCAUAUCAUUCACAACUUCAAGAUGUUAUUGAGGAUCAGCUCAGCCUGGCCUCAAUCCACUACCUGCGAAGCCAUUUCCAGGAGGCUAUUGAUAUUUACAAGAGGAUUUUGCUGGAUAACCGAGACUAUUUGGCGCUCAACGUAUAUGUUGCUUUGUGCUACUAUAAAUUGGACUACUUUGAUGUUUCGCAGGAAGUCCUAUCUGUGUAUCUUCAACAUUUCCCAGACAGUGCAGUAGCCGUCAACCUAAAAGCGUGUAAUCAUUUCAAAUUAUAUAAUGGAAAAGCUGCAGAGGCUGAACUCAAGGCUUUGCAAGAAGUUGCAAGUCCAUCAUUUAGCUUUGCCAAAGACUUGAUCAAGCACAACAUGGUUGUUUUUCGUGCUGGGGAAGGAGCUUUGCAAGUUUUGCCUCCAUUGGUUGAUGCUCUGCCAGAAGCGAGGCUGAAUCUUGUCAUUUAUUAUUUACGUCAAGAUGACGUCACUGAAGCAUAUAGUCUUAUCAAAGAUCUUGAACCAACAACACCAAGUGAGUACAUUCUCAAAGGCACUGUCAAUGCCACAAUGGGACAAGAACAGCGAUCGAGAGAGCAUGUAAAGAUUGCUCAGCAAUAUUUUCAACUUGUUGGUGGUUCAGCUAGUGAAUGUGAUACCAUUCAUGGGAGGCAAUGCAUGGCCUCCUGCUUUUUUCUGUUGAAGCAAUUUGAAGAUGUUUUAAUUUACUUGAACUCAAUCAAGAGCUACUUUUACAAUGAUGAUCACUUUAAUUUCAACUAUGCCCAAGCAAAAGCAGCAGUUGGAAACUACAAAGAGGCUGAAGAGGUAUUUCUUCUUAUACAAUCUGACAAGAUAAAGAACGAUUAUAGCUAUAUUGCAUGGCUCUGCAGAUGUUAUAUCAUGAACAGAAAAGCUCGUCUUGCUUGGGAGAUGUACUUGAAGAUGGAAACAUCAUCAGAGUCCUUCAGCUUAUUACAGCUCAUUGCCAAUGAUUGCUAUAAGAUGGGUCAGUUUUAUUAUGCUGCCAAGGCAUUUGACGUAUUGGAGAGACUUGAUCCAAACCCUGAGUACUGGGAAGGGAAAAGAGGUGCCUGUGUAGGCAUCUUCCAGAUGAUUAUAGCUGGCCACGAGCCAAGGGAAACAUUGAGAGAUGUCAUUCAGCUGCUUAGGAACACAGCCAACCCUCAAGUGGAGUAUAUCACAAGAACAAUGAAGAAAUGGGCUAAAGAUAAUAGAAUACCUAUAUCUUAGAUGUAAGCAAAUACUGUAUGAGACAUUUGUUUCUACGCACCUAUAUGUCCAGGGAAAAAACUUCAUUUGAGGAAAAAUUUCAGUAAUUGAAAUUGAUAAAUCUUUCUUUUCAAAACGAGCUUACAAUAUGAACUCAAGUACCUGUAUUUGCAUGGAAAGAAAAUGCACAAAGUAUUUGCUUAAUUUUAUUUAUGUUAAUAUCUUAAUGUUUUAAAGUCUUUCUGUAGAUAUGCUUAAUCUGGCAUGUAUAGAUAUUAAGUAUCUAGAAUGUCCUUGUGAUUUAGUAAAAGUUAAACUCUGGUAAUUUAUCUUUGACCAAUUUUUCAAUUUCCUCAAUGUCAUUGUGCAGUUUUGGUUGUCAUAAUUUGUACAAGAUACCUAGAAACACAUUAUCUGGUUGUAGUUUUACAGUCAUACCUUCAUAAAAAUGUGUUGGAUUUUUCAAUCAUCUUAGCUGAUAUUCACGGUGAAAAUUUUUCUAGAAACAUAAGUAUUGGUCUCAUUAGACUACUAUAAAUAUGAUAUUGGUUCUUGACUUGGCAACAUUAGUAUUAGAGAUAAGACACUUAGUAUCAGGGAUAAUAAAACAACAUCACUAGAAACAGUAAAAACAAGUUGUUUCAAAAUUGCUUGGAAAAUGGGUAUAUUCCCCUCCCCUCAGGACAUAAUAGUAAAAGGCAAGAGAAACUUCAUUUACGAAGAACCAAAUGUUUCUGCAAGCACAUGGGCAAAUGUAUUCAGGGUUACCCAAGUUUUCAGCAGUAGGUAGCUCACCAAAGGCAAAUCAGCCUUGAUAAUAACUUAGCUUAUGUGUUAUUUCCCAAUGACAGUUUCCCACAUGACUUAGAAAAAGAAAGAUUAAAUCAUUUUGUUAGCCUGUCACAUCGGAUCUGAAACAAGAUUAGCCAAGGGGCAAUUGUUUUCCUUAAACAACAAAUCACGAAAAUGGUUUAACUUCUGCCCUUCUCUAUUAUGUCACAGUAAUCCAGAAAAAAUUAACUGUAGGAACCCUAUGUUAAAAUAGACUGCAUCCAAUUAUAGAAACUAUUCUAGAAAAAUGACUGAAAAAACUGGAGUACUUCAGAAAUACAAAAACAAAAUGUAAUACGUUACUUUUUAUGUAUGACUUUCCCUUAUUAAAUUAACUAACAAUAUUUACAGAAGUGCUGUAUCCCUAAAUAUCAAUUUAGCACUAAGCUACAGCUCAACAAAACAUCAAAUUUAAAUAAAACUUUAUAUAGUAAGGCUUUUAAACGAUGAAAGUUGAUUUAAGGAUUACCUAAUGAAUCACAAGAAAUGUAACAAUAUGAGGCCCUAAACCUGAUUUGAAAUUUUCAUUUAAUCUUUGUAGAAAGGUCUUCACCUAAUCGGUUAAAUAAUGGGCAAGGACAACUAAAAAAUGGUUUAAAAGCUGGAUAUCUGGAGUUGAAACUGCGUUUGAUGUUAAAUUGAUGGAUAAAGUUUUGGCGCCAUGUACGUCGAUAUUUGAGAAAAUGGCGCGCAACACGUUGAAAAGGCGACACUAAGAAGGGCUGGCGUUAAACUUACAUUAUUAUUUAUGCAAAAACUGUUCAGCACCUUUAAGUUGCAUUAUUCAUUAUUAAAUGUCAUUUAAAAUUCCUGGCUUUGGCUCUGGCUUGCUUUGCCUUUGUGCUCAGUUUUCUUCGGCAACAACACUGACUGGAUGUUCGGUAGCACGCCACCCUGCGCAAUGGUCACGCCUGAGAGAAGUUUAUUCAGUUCUUCGUCAUUUCUUAUUGCCAACUGUAAAUGUCUUGGGAUUAUACGACUUUUCUUGUUAUCACGAGCUGCAUUUCCAGCCAACUCAAGAAUUUCAGCGGACAGGUA